AGGGCCACCGAGCCGGCCGGACAGGGGUUGUGCCGUGCGUUGCGACGGGCCCCGGCGGUGGGUCAUGGCACUCCAUCGCGAUCGCGGGGCGAGGGAGCGGCUGGCCCGGAGUGGAGGGCUCUUCAGGCGGCCCGUUCCGCUGCUCCUGUUGCUGCUUUUCUCCUGGAUUGGGCCCCGGAGCUGUGGAAAUGCCAAUUCAGUGACUCUGCCAGAAACAUUGUUAUUUGUUUCCACUCUUGAUGGGAGUUUGCAUGCUGUUAGCAAGAGGACAGGGUCAAUUAAGUGGACUUUAAAAGAAGAUCCUGUACUCCAGGUGCCUUUACAUGUGGAAGAUCCUAGGCCAGCAUUUCUUCCUGAUCCUAAUGAUGGAAGUCUGUACACGCUUGGUGGCAAGAAUAACGAAGGCUUGACUAAACUGCCUUUCACCAUCCCUGAGCUAGUUCAAGCGUCUCCUUGCCGCAGUUCAGAUGGCGUUCUGUACAUGGGUAAAAAGCAAGACAGCUGGUAUGUGGUAGACCUUGCAACGGGGGAGAAACAGCAGACCCUGACCUCUUCGUUUGCUGAAAGCCUGUGCCCAUCCACAUCUCUCCUGUAUCUUGGCCGAACAGAAUAUACCAUCACGAUGUACGAUACCAAGAGUAAGGAGCUCCGCUGGAACGCCACCUAUGUCGACUAUGCAGCCACCUUGCCUGAUGAGGAUGUGCAAUACAAAAUGUCCCACUUUGCAUCUAAUGGAGAUGGGCUGGUGGUGACUGUGGACAGUGAGUCGGGGGACGUCUUGUGGAUCCAGAAUUACGGCUCCCCCGUCGUGGCUUUUUACAUCUGGCAGCGGGAAGGGCUGUGGAAAGUGAUGCAUACAAACGUGGGUGUGGAAACACUGCGCUACCUGACGUUCAUGUCUGGUGAAGUGGGACGCAUCACUAAGUGGAAGUACCCAUUUCCCAAGGAAACAGAGGCCAAAAGCAAAUUAAUGCCAACCCUCUACGUAGGGAAGUAUUCCACAGGCUUGUAUGCAUCGCUGUCCAUGGUUCAUGAAGGAGUAGCUAUUAUGCCCCGGGGAAGUCCCAUACCUCUGAUAGAGGGUCCCAAAACACCUGGCAUCACCAUUGAAGAGUGUGUCAUCACCCCAAGUACUGAUCUAAAGUUCGCCUCUGGAUUUAAACAAAACAACAGAUUCCACUAUCUGAAGAACCACUGGCUUUUAAUAGGUCACCAUGAGACACCAUUAUCAGCUCCAACAAAGAUCCUGGAAAAAUUUCCAAGCAAUUUACCAAAACGGCAAGAAAAUGUGAUUCCAGUAGAGUCAGACAAGGCUGCUUUCGGAGAGGCAAUUGAUCUGGCUGGCAGUUCUCCAAAAGACUUGCCUCCUCCCAUUCCAGAGAAUGCUGGAGAGACACCCAGCCAAAGUGUCCCCCGACCAGAAGCACCAGUGGAUUCCAUGCUGAAGGACAUGGCCACAGUCAUUCUGAGCACUGUCUUGCUUGUUGGUUGGGUAGCCUUAGUCAUCACCUAUCCGAUGAGCAUCCAUCAUCAGCAACAGCGGCAACACCAGCAAUUUCAGAAACAGCUGGAGGAAAAGAUAAAGUUGUUGAAGCAGCAGCCCUUCAGGCCUCCCAUAGAGCUGCCAGCUGAGGCAGAAGUCCUGGAUGGUCCCUGCGUCAGGCCAGACAGCUCAGCCACCAGCUCACCAAAUUUGUCUCCCAAAGCAUCAAACCACUCUGCGUAUUCCAACGUCUCUGCCUCUGAUGUUGGGAGCUGCAUUUCUGCUGAGCAAGAAGAAGAUGGAAACCCAGCCACGAUCGUGGUUGGAAAGAUUUCAUUCAACCCGAAGGAUGUUCUUGGACAUGGAGCUGAGGGAACCAUUGUGUACAGGGGGACAUUUGACGACCGAGAUGUUGCUGUGAAGAGGAUUCUCCCUGAAUGUUUCAGCUUUGCUGAUCGGGAGGUACAGCUGUUGCGAGAGUCCGAUGAGCAUCCAAAUGUGAUCCGCUAUUUUUGCACAGAAAGAGACCGGCAGUUCCAAUACAUCGCCCUUGAGCUCUGUGCUGCUACUUUGCAAGAGGUAAAUAGUGAGCUCUUAAACUGGGAGCAACAGCUCUUACACUGGGAGACUCAAUUCAAAGAAGAGAGCCAGUAUGUGGAACAGAAGGACUUAAGCUACCACGCUUUGCAGCCAAUCAGCCUUUUGCAGCAGACAAUGUCUGGCCUUGCUUAUCUUCAUUCUCUCAAUAUUGUCCACAGAGAUCUGAAGCCCCACAACAUCCUCAUCUCUAUGCCUAAUGCCCACGGCAAGGUCAAAGCCAUGAUUUCAGACUUUGGGCUGUGCAAGAAGCUUGCAGUGGGCAGGCGCAGUUUCAGCCGUCGGUCUGGCGUCCCGGGCACCGAAGGCUGGAUUGCCCCGGAGAUACUAAGUGAAGACUGCAAGGACAACCCGACCCAUACAGUGGACAUUUUUUCUGCUGGAUGUGUUUUCUACUAUGUAAUAUCAGAAGGCAAUCAUCCAUUUGGCAAAUCCCUGCAGCGGCAAGCCAACAUUUUGCUGGGUGCCUACAGUCUGGACCUCCUAAACCCAGAGAAACAUGAGUACAUAGUUGCACGAGACCUAAUAGAGCAAAUGAUCAGUACAGAUCCUCAAAAACGGCCUUCGGCUAAGUGUGUACUAAAGCAUCCAUUUUUCUGGAGUUUAGAGAAGCAGCUCCAGUUUUUCCAGGAUGUGAGUGACCGAAUAGAAAAAGAGUCAUUAGAUGGCCCAAUAGUGAAGGAGCUGGAGAAAGGAGGAAGAGCCGUGGUGAACAUGGACUGGAGAGAGCACAUCACCGUCCCUUUACAGACUGAUCUUCGAAGAUUCCGAUCUUACAAAGGGGGCUCAGUAAGAGAUCUCCUGCGGGCCAUGAGAAAUAAGAAACAUCACUAUAGAGAACUGCCCCCCGAGGUGCAGGAGACGCUGGGCUCUGUCCCAGAUGACUUUGUUCGCUACUUCACGCUGCGUUUCCCUCACCUCCUCCUGCACACCUACCACGCCAUGCGGAUCUGCGGUCAGGAAAGACUGUUCCAGCCUUAUUACAUGCAGGACUCGGAUGGACAGACUUGUCCUGGAGACGCUGACUGAAGGCUGGGGGGGGGCGGCUUCUUUGCACAUGCAGGCCUGUGCAGCGGGCCUCUCCCUCACAGGGUGACUAGAGGGAUUUCCAGAGAGUGAAGCAGCCUCUCUGCAAGAUCCAGACUGAUCGGAUGUGCCUUGGACUCUGCCUGCCCUGACUCAGGAAGACGACCCCGGUGGACUGCAAGGAAGGCAAGGCGGGAACUUGCACAGAGCUUUACACUGCAGAAGGAAGGAGGAGCCAACGGCAACCCCUGAGCCGAAGAGCGAAGUAGUGGGGUCUAAAACAGCUCCGCCUGGCACAAGCAUUGCUGCAGUCUAAAAAAUACCUGCACUGUGUGCUCUUUUUCGUACUGGCAUUCAGGCUUUACUGCCCAGGAUCAUAAACGUUUUUCUUCUUUGCCAAGCACCUUCUGAAUCUCAGGAAGGAGCCUUCUCAGUGCAGCACGACGUUUCCGUCCACUCUUUGGCCACUGCCAUGCUGUGCAUUUCAGAGGGGCAUGGGAAUGGUGGAGUUCUUUUUUUAAGGGAAUGGGGUAGUUCAAACAUGCCAGAUCCGGCAACAGAAAUACAGGGGUUACCUGGAAAGUACAUAGCCUCCAAAUGAUGUAGUGUAGACCUAAAGAUGUUCGUGAAAUCACCAACUGGAAACAUCAGGCCAAAUGCUACCAGUUCACAGAUAUGCAAAACUGCACAGCGUAUUACCAAAAACAGCAAACAAAACAAAACCCGCAAAUCCAGAUAUUUCUGGAAGCAUUUGUGGCUUUAGUCACAUACUGGAAACCCCGUGUACGGUUGCAGAAAUCUAUUCAGAUGCUGUUUCUGAUUUUUUUUUUUCAAGAAUGUGAGUAGUUGGUAGAUGUGAUUUAGAUACAACAGUCAAUCCUGUUAGAAAUGCUCCUUAAUUUUAUUGGUAAUGUUAUGGGAUCAAUCCUGAACUCCAGUGCUGAGGGGCACAGAGAGAGAGAAGCUCUCCCUCGAUAGUGGCCAAAGCCAUGCCACCUUUGUAGCCCUGUUGGCCACUGAUGGAGUGGAGGAGGGGGGUGUCCUGCUCCCUCCACAGGCUCUAGCCUGGGAGCCUCCAGGUCAGCCAGCAAAGUUUGGCAGGAGAGUAGGGCUAGCGGAGAGGGGAGGGGAAUGGACUCACAGAGGAGCUGAACCUUGCACAGGCCAGAGGGGCAACCUCUGCAAGCUGGAGCAGAAGUGGGUUGCUCUCCUCUGCUUUAUAGCCACUGGGUCCAAACCCCCUUUCCCCCCAGACAUGUCCCUAGAAACGGGAAAGAAGUAAAUGACCCCUGGACUUACGUUAAUCUUCCCUCUCAUUGAGAACAAUGGGAGUUUUAAAAAAGAGACAGACACUUGCUAGGUGUGUAUGGGAUGGGUGAGAGACUCCCACACCCCUCUUUUGCCCUGGCUGGUACGCACCUGGCGGGGUUUAGGAUGUGCAAUGGUUCAGCUCUACUGCAAGCUGUUAAGCCAGAGGCCGCAGGACUUUAUAGGAGAAAAUAGGCUGGAUAUAAAUUACCAUUCAAAGACUAGAGUAAAACGUGAGAUUGCUUAAUGGGUUCUCACAAACAGCAGAAACACCCAUCUCCCGCCCACAUAGGAGCCUCCCGAGAGGCACCUGCUUCCCAUUUUGAAGGAUGCAGUUUUCCUUUUCAAUGUCCCUCAAACUGUCAUGCACACAGGAAUGUGCAGAAGGAAGCAUUAAGGAUUCCUAGUGAUAUACUCUGAAGUUUCAACAUCCUAUUUGUAGUAUUCUUUUACAAAAUAUUUAUUUUAUAUAUUUAUAUUUAUUUAAUUUUAAUACAAAAUGGUACCAUCUUGAAUGGUACAGGUAUAAAGCAUGCCAAAUCUUUUUAAAGAUAAAAAUAAAAUAAAAAAUAAAAAAUGAAAUCCUCUCUGUUGCAGUGAUCUUUUUUUUAAGUGGACAAGGAAAAGGUAUACUGCAUCUUUUCAACCAACUUGUGCAUUUUUAAUUCAAUCUCGAUAAAAUGUUCUAAUUAUAAGGAAGCCUUUGAUCUGUGUGGUUGUACUCUUGUGUGUCUUAAAUGAGUAAAUUAUUACUAAUGAAUUGUAUGAUUGGGCAUUGAUAUGGGUAGGUCGUUUUUGCUUUUCCUUUUGUUCUAUUCAUUACAGGGAAGUGGAUUUUUCUAGUUUUAUAACGCAACAGAAAAUAUUAAGGUAAGAUACUCAAAUACAGCUGUCACAGGACUAUAAAGCUUGAAAGUUACAGUAGUCUUAACCUACGUUAAUUGAAAUUGUAUUCCAUAUUUUUGUAGUUCUACUGUACAGUACUUUUAUAUUUCUUCUAAAUCAGAACUUCACACUGAUAAAGAAUAAAAAUAGAUUUUGAAACCA